UCCUUCCUGUCUCCUUCUCACUCUGUGUGAGUGUGUGUCUGACUUUACCUCCAAAGUUUCCUUGUUGCUGCUAAAAUGUUCCUUCUGGUCUAUUUCCUUGUCCCGGUUCGCGUAAACGGGACAAUCCUCCUCUCUGAUCAAUUCACCGACUGAAGUUUCACACAAACCAGCGCGCGUGUAGAGCUACAGUGAGAGACACGCACACUCUCAGCCUUGAAGUUAAAUUGUUGGAAAGCAUGUCGAGCUCGCUCUGAUAUCAGAGAAAUUGAACUAAGGAGGAUCAUUUCACAGGGAAUUACCAGUGUGGAUUAACUCGCGGUAAAGCGAUAAAAAAUUCGGCGCCCGUACUUGUCUGUGGACAUGAAUAUAUGAACCUGCUCAGCAUUCUGUAGCGGCGGAGCAGGUUUAUGGUGAGUUUGAGACAGGCAGGUCGCUCCAGUCUACUGUGAAAAGCGACUCGGGAGAAAUGAUGUAAACAGCACGAACGUUUUAAGAAAACUUUUACUUGAGUCUCCAGGGAAAACACACGUAGCUAAUUGGUCUCUUUUCAGAACAAUAGGUGGUUCUUCCACGCUUGGGAUUUUAGUUUAGUGUGUAACCGCCACGGAUAGAAUGAACAGCUCUGGGCGCGUGGCACUGGCGCUGUUGCUCGCGCUGCUCGUGGGCUUUACCCGGGGCACACAAGGCCAUGUAGUGUCCGCCAAGGUGGUGCGGUCUUCUAACGUGAGGCAACAUGACUUGUACCGGAAAGAAGAGGUCGUCACGGUAACGGCAACAGGAGGAGUCAUCCAGAGCCCCCGCUUUCCUAACGCCUAUCCCAGGAACCUGCAGUUGUCAUGGAAACUACUGUCGCCCCACAACACCCGCAUCACCCUGGAGUUUGACUCCCACUUUGCACUGGAGGAACCAGAGAACGAAGUCUGCAGAUAUGACUUUGUGGAGGUGGAGGACAUCUCAGAGACCAGUACUAUUGUCUGGGGGAGAUGGUGUGGUCAGAGAGUCCCCCCUCGUCUUACCUCCAAAACCAACACCCUCAAAGUCUCCUUCAAGUCGGACGACUACUUUGUGGCAAAGCCUGGCUUCAAACUCCACUUCUCUCUACAGGAUGAUUCUCUUCCUGCAGUGUCAAAGACUAACUGGGAGACUGUGGCCCUGAUGGAGGACAGUCUGUCAGUGUUGGCUCCAGCGGUGACUGAUGUUCCUCUGACAGCAGCGGCGUUGGACCAGAGCAUAGCAGCCUUCAACACAGUGGAGCAGCUCCUCCGCCACCUCAACCCUGACAGCUGGAGACAGGACCUGGACAGCUUGUACAGAGAGACAGCCAUGUACAGACCCCGAGCCUACCAGCACAACAGACAGAACAAGAUUGACCUGGACCGUCUGUAUGAUGACGUGAAGCGCUACAGCUGUACACCUCGGAACUACUCUGUCAACCUGAGGGAGGAGCUGAGGGCCACCAACGCCGUGUUCUUCCCACGAUGCCUACUGGUGCAGCGCUGUGGGGGGAACUGUGCCUGUGGGACGGACAACUGGAACAGCUGUACCUGCAGCCCGGCCAAGACCAGUGACAAACUACACGAGGUGUUGAAGUAUGCUCCUGAGGUGGGAGGUUAUUCACGGCGUCAGACAGUUCGUGUCAGCUGGGCCCUAGAGGAGGUCCAUUUGACGCACCACGAGCGCUGUGACUGUGUUUGUCCCUCCAGACCACCCCGCUGAGAGACAAUGGGACAGGGGGACACAGCUCUGGGACUAACUGCUGUUUAUAUCUCCAUCUCUCUCUCUCUCUCUCUGUAGCGCUCCCCUGCCAUCCAUCCACAUACCAACCUGUUAUAAACCUAGUCACCCACAGCCACCCAUACCCCCUUUUGGCCAUGAACUGUGCCCUGCUUCCACCCAGCCAAAACCCAAAUCCCCCCCCACACUGCCCGAGCCCCCAGCAUGGCUGAUCCACUGAGGUAUGACCCCCCCCACACUGCCCGAGCCCCCAGCAUGGCUGAU